UAAGAUCAAUCAAGAGAAUGGGACAUCAUUCAGCGGUCACCAAUGUAAAGAAAAAUUCUCGAAUCUCGUCCGGGAUUAUAAUACUAUGUGUGAUUUUAUGUCUGGUAAAAGUAAAGCCAGAAGUCGAACAGGUGCACGAUAUUUUGAUGAAUUUCGUACUCACUUUUGGGAGAGAUCUGAGGAUGAAUUCGAUAGAAUCCGCAGAAUUAACACUUUUAACCAAAAACGAAGUAGAGGAAGUGGAUAUAUUACGCCCAUACCAUCAACUAGGGAUCUCGAACGUGAAUUGAGAUCAUCUGAAAGACGGUUAAGCCGAAGUUCGUCUAUUAGUCGAAGUCAGUCACCACCUAUUAGCCGAAGACAAUCGCCAUCUGUUAGUCGAAGACAGUCCCUUCCCGUUAGAGAAAGACGUUCGGAACUCCUGCCUGUUAGCUCGUUAACCACCAAUGAUGAAAUGGAUAUUUCCGAUACAGAGCAGUUGGUCGGUCAGAGAAGAACUUCCACGCAUGAAGAACUGUUCUUAUCUCUUCGUCCACCACCUUCUUAUGACAUUGCCACUGGUAAUACCCAAGAGUCGUCAAAUGUGGGGGGUAAUAGACAGUAACUACAUAUUUCUUCACCUAUUAAUCAGUGUAUUUUUCUCUACUCAUACUUUGAAAAAAUAUAAUAAAGAUCUUUGUUUUUAAAGAGUGUUGUGU